AUGUCGAAACUUCAACUACAACUAAAAUUGGCUGCUACUAGACUGGAAAUUCUAAGGAAAAAAGAAGAGGCUCUUGCAAAACAAGCGAGGAGAACAGUAGCCUUUGGAUUAAAAACCUAUUCAUCAACUUUAGCUCGAGCUCGAGUGGAACCGUUGAUUAUGCAAGAUGUAUACAUGGAAUUGCUUGAAUUAUUGCAGGUAGAUGCAGAGAUUCUUGCCAAUCGUACUUCUAUAUUGGAAAAACGUGGAUUUGAACCUGAAGCACCUUGGAAAUCGUCUUUGUAUCACGUCCUUGCUGCAGCUCCUCAAUUACCCAUUAAAGAGUUAAAAUUUGUACAUGACUACUUAGUAAGGCUUUAUGGCAAGGAAUUUACUCAACUAACGGAUCCUGACUUAUCCAAAAAUGAUGAGCAAUUUUACAAGCUAUUAUAUCCUCCUAUUCCAUCUGAAGAGUUGGUAAAUGGCUAUAUUGAAGAACUACGACGGACGUAUUUCCCUGAAGAAUACCGAAAGGAAGAGAUUCCUUCUUCGAAAGAAGUAGAGGAAUUGCUUCCAUUAGCUCCAUCGUCUCAAGAUACGUCAGCACCAUCAUCAACCCAGGAUGAGGCAUCCAAGACGACUGAUCUCCCUCAGUCUACUUCUUCCGCAUCUAGGGUUCCUUCUAGUGGGAUUGCUAACUCUCAUACAAUUCCAAAACAUGCUCCCAGCUCUCACUCUCCGCCUGCUGCGAAAAAUACUGUUCACCCAAUACAACCCGACUCGAAUAAGCCGCCAAGUUUUGAAGAAUUAGCGGCUCGCUUAGAAAGUUUGAAACGUACUUAG